AUGGGUAAAGCUUAUAGUAUUGCUUUGGAAACUUUAGUUCCUGGCGAAUACAUGCCGUCACCUAGCCAAGAUGUCGCUCCUGCUGAUGCUUGGGGUGCUACUGCGGGUGAUAGUGAUGUUCCGGGUGGUGGUGCUGUGUAUCACGUAACGUUCAUGACAAAAGCUGAUGGCUGUCAUUCCCAAGGGUUGUUUUCAUUUUUGAUUCGGUUGUCAUAUGUUAAAAUGCUAUCAAUAUUAGCAAUUACCUGGCUCUGGCACUGGUGGCUCUGGGAUCGGCUCCUUCACCUGUUGGAUGAUGUGGCCAAGGUAUAG